AUGAGAGUCAAGUUCAGUCUGCUCCAAGCCAAGAAAGCAGAUCUUAACAAUGUUAUUGAUUAUUUGAUUGAAAACUAUUUUAGCGCAAAGGCACACAAAGAAAGAGAAAGAGAGUGGAGAAUGCGUUCGAGUAGUAUAUCAGUGAUCAUUGCUACUUUACUAGUAACCAUAAUAGUAGCAUUGUUAUCAUCUACGACCACUGUUGUUGUUGUUGAUGCAAAGCAACAACACAGUAAUAAUAAUAAUAGAGGCAUAAGAUUAAAAAUAAAUGAUGGUGAUGAUAUUGUAUCACCACCACCUGCAAACCCUGCAUUUCAAAUGGAUCGUGCAUAUGCACAUUUAAUGUAUUCAUAUUCAUCAUAUUGUGAUAAUGAUGUAGUUAGUAAUUGGACAUGUCCGUAUUGUAUCAACCAAUAUAUUCCACAUCUAGAUGUAACCCAACUUUUAAUUCAUGAUCGUACCAAUACAUUUGGUUUUAUUGGUAUUUCCCAAAAUAAUACAAUUGUCAUUGCAUUUAGAGGAACUGAAGGACCAAAUCUAGCAAAUUGGAUUACCAAUUUAAAUAUUGCAAAGUUGGCACCAUACCCUGGAUUCCCAUCGGCAAUGGUUCAUGCUGGAUUCCUCGAUGCCUAUGGACACGUUCAAGACCAAGUAGAGACUGGUAUCACUGCUGCGCUUGAAAAGUGUCCACAGUGCGACAAGUUUAUUGCCACUGGACACAGUUUGGGUGGUGCAUUGGCCGUGUUGGCCGUUGCCGACGUCUACCCACGACUCAUUAAUCUGCCCAUUGAAAUGUAUACAUUUGGAAGUCCACGUGUUGGAAAUGUUGGAUUUGUCGAGUAUUUUGAAUCCGUAGUAUUACAGUCCUACUGGAGACUUGUCAACUACCACGAUGUCGUCCCACAUCUACCAUCAAAGUGGAUGAACUUUUACCAUUUACCCGUUGAAGUUUGGUUCAACAAUUCAGCUGACCCUCUGGAAUACAAAAUGUGUAAUGGCUCUGGUGAAGACCCAACCUGUUCAGAUUCUCUUCUAGUUGCUUUAAAUAUUCCAAAUCAUUUAGAUUAUUUACAAAUUGAAAAGGCUCUUUGUUAG